GCACUGCUGUUUCCGCCAUGGCGGACGCUGAGCUGACGGCGGCCGGCCGGUCGCUCACCGAAGACGAAAUGGCGGAGGUGAAAAAGGAAGUUUUAGAACGAUUACGCCGCUAUCUGUGUGACAAAAUAAUUGCAGAAAGACACUUUGACUACCUACGUUCAAAGAAAAUACUGAGUAGAGAUGAUACUGAGGAAAUUUCUUGUCGAACCUCAAGUAGGAAAAAGGCUGGGAAACUGCUGGAUUAUUUAGCAGAGCAUCCAAAAGGACUAGAUGCAUUGAUAGAAUCUAUCAAAUGUGAAAAAACACAAAACUUCCUGUUAGAAAAAAUAACUGAUGCUGUCUUGAAAGCAAAAAAUGAAAAACUCGAAAGUCUUAAAGGAACACGUUGUAACAACUGCAUGGCAUCAAUUUGUGAGGAGGUAAACAAUCUCUCUAGAUCGCAGUCAAAUGACUCUAAUUUUUUUGAAAAACAAAGAGACAGAGAAAACACCUACCUUCAUCCAGAAGAAUAUAGCACAGCUGCUUUUGUAUCUGCCUCUUCUCUUCGUUCAAUGAAUUUGCCUAUUACAGAGGUUGGAAGCAUGGAAAAUUCAGUUUUCUCUACUCUUCCAGGACCUGGAGAUCCUGGAGCACCUCCUAUUCCAACAGAAUUGCAGAGUGAGCAAGAGGAAAUAUCUACCACUUCCAGUGACACUCCCUUUCUACCUUUACGAUCCCGCUCACUUUUUCCAUAGUGGUGGUUUUUCUUGAAUAACUUUACAAAGAUAAUAUUAUGCUAGAUGUUGCCUUACGUAAUUUUGCAAAAAAUGUUUUAUCUUUUAAAUUUUCUUAUUGUACUUGGUUGUAUUACUUUUGAAAACUGAAAGUGUUUUUCAUAAAUAUUCAUGUUUAACCAAUCAUGAAGCUGCUUGUAUUAUGCAAAUUAUAAUACAAUCCUGUACAUAGAUAUUCGGAAGUAAGCCCCACUGAUUGCAAUGGGAUUUAUAGAUAAGUAAAUAGUGGCAUUUAAAACAGUUCUUGCUAUAUUGAAAAGUGAUAGGGGAAUGCUUAAAAGAUGUCAUAUUUUUACACUUUAGUAAAAGUUUACUAUAUUCAUUCAGUUCAUAAUGCCAGACAACUUCAUUUUCUUCUUUCAUAGUGGCAGAUAAAAUAAUUGCUGAAAUUAUGUCACAUAGAUUCCUGAUUACAAUACUAAAAGAUUUAUCUAAUUAUGCGAAUCACAAUCACAAGGACAAUUAUUUAUCAUAGGGGAAACUCCAGGUUGAAUCUUGGGGUUAUUUCUCUUACAGUUAUUACAUUGAAAUAAAGUUUUCAACUGAGCAAUUCCACUUAUAUUCAGAAAAUAUUGCAGUCUGUUUGAACAGAAUGAUCAGGAAGUAAUGAAAACCUUAGCAAAGAGGGAAAAAUACCUUCUGAAUUACAUAAUUACAUAAUUAUUAUGACUAUAUCUAUGAAGAUUGAUGGGUCUCAUACAGGUGCUGCUUGUUCACUAACCUGCUAAAUGAGUGGUUCUUAACAACCAAUCCUUGAAAUUCUGGCUGUUUUGCAGCACUCCAGCAGUUACCUGAACGCAAUCCAGGCACUCGGGAACUGGCUUUGAUUUCCAAUCAUCACUGUAUCCCACAUUCACGUGAUCCCAAUUUGCUACCUUCUUGCCUGCUUCUCACAAGCAAAUUUGAGGAAAUUGGCAGGAAGUUGGGAAUUGCAAUAAUUUGAUGUCCAUGCUUAAUGUCCUGUGCAGUCCUUGUUUAACAAUGUAACUAGGGACUUCUGGAACUGCCAAUAACUAAGCAGUGUAGUUAUGUGAUGAACUUUACAAUUGCAUCACUUGAUGGAAAGUCCUAAUUACCGCUGUUAAGCAAGGGCUAUCUUUUAUUCUGAAUGAUUGAAUUCCCCAAGUUCACUUUUUAAAAACUAUAGCAAUUAAGAAAUCCCUUUUGAAAUUAGGGAGUUUAUAAGAUGUUAGGCAUUAAAUGUAUACUGUUCUUUAACAAUUGGAGGUUAAAAUAUCCGUAGCAUGAUUACUUGACAGUAAGUUUCGUUGAGCUCAGUGGAGCUUACUUCGGGUGGAUAUAUUUAAGUUUGCACUUUUACAAUCUUGAGAAUAUUUCUAAAAUGAAACUUCUCAAUUUCCAUGCUUAUUUCUUAAGGUGAAGCAAUGUUGUGUUGGAUACAUAAUAUCUACUAUGCCAUCUCAGGGAGUAUAAAAUCAUAUCUCAUUUUUUUUUCUCAUGGCUUGAAUGAGGUGCAACACUGUAGAGAAGAGAUUCACUUAAAAAGCAUAUUUUCUAGGUAGCAUAAAAGCAUUUCUUUCUCUUCAUUUUUAUCUUUUGCCAUUUUUAUUUCUUGGCCAGUAGGAAACAGUACUUUAUAUUAAAUUCAAAUUUUACCAGCCAAAAGCAAAACGACUUCUGUGGGGCUUCUGGGACAGCAAAAGUUUUAUUAAAAAAUGUUCUACAACAUUUUGGAUGAAACUUUAGCUAGUUAUCUAAUUUAAUUAAAUAAGUAACUUUGUGUUGUACAUGUUACUUAGAAAAAAUAUAUCACUGAGUUCUGUAAAACUUGUUCCCACAUAGACAUGCAUAAGAUUACAAUCCAGUAUUUUAAGACUAUAUCAUGAGUGACAAGCCUUUUGGCUUGCCUGGGCCGCAUUGAAUGAAGAGGAAUUGUCUUGAAGCACAUAUAAAAUAUAUACUUAACGUAUAUAAAUCACAUAAUGUUAAAAGUUUAUGACCUUAUGGGGUCACCUUACUAGCUGUGCAGGGCCGAAAUAUAUGAGUUCAAAUUGGUGCUAGGUUGUGUUACACAGUGCACUGCCCAUGUUUCAGGACACAGAUUUGUGUCAAACCUCAAUCUAAUCUAAUUGAUUUUUUGAGUCUCCUGUUAACAGUUUUUUAAUUCAAGUGCUACCUCAGCUCAAACUUACAUGAUGUUGUUUUACAGAGCAUGAGCUUCCUUGUUUGACUACCAGUUGCAGAUGUUGCCAAAUUUAUAAGAAAAGACUGAAUUUACAUACUUAUGGACUGAUUGUCCUUUUUCUUUGUCAUAUUUUCUUUAAAAAAAUUCCUAGUUCUUUAGUAUUGAAAUUAGAUCAGGGAUUUUUCUCUCUAUAUUGUGCUUCAUUUCAUGUAUGCCAAAACCUGUGUGAAUUAUUAUAGGUACAUAACGAAAGAUAACAUACUGCUGUAUUAAAUAUCUUUGGAAAUCAUUAUAUUCUUAAAUCACAUUUUAAAAAUAUAUACUUUAUAUAAAGCAAUGUAUUGAAAAAAUAUUUGGAAGUAUGUGCUUACCGUUUAAUGCUGACAAAUAUUUACAAGUGGGCAAUCCAUGAAGCAUUUGUAUAAUAAACGUAAUUGAUUUUU